AGUGUGAAAACAGUCAUUUUUCUUUUUAAGAAUUGAAACAGUGUUUUGUGUUUUAUGUAAUAUUCUCUCUCUCAAUUUCCACGAAGUUGUUAGCCCAGCCGCGUUAGCUUACUCGGUAACACAAAGACUUAGUCAUUAAGAAAGAAAAUAAUACUAAAAUUUCCAUAUGCUCCAUGAACACAAAAUCUUAAUUGUCGACCCAAAUAAUAAUUAUUAGUUCAUCUGUUGUGACAUAAUAAAAAGGUACAAAUGGCCAGACUCAUUUGUCUCUCUCUCUCUUCGGAGUCCUGCUCUUCUUCCAGAACAUCCUCAUAAACUAGUACGUACUAUUCUUUCCAUUUGGGUUGUUGUUACUCAUCCAAAUAUACAGGAAAGAAAUAUAGUAUUUGGUUGGGUUAAAGAUGAAAAGCAAGAUUAACUCUUUGUUGGGUAGAAGUUUGAUCAAGACCUCAAAGUUCAAGCCUUUGGUGAGUCUAGCCAUCUCUCGCCUUGCUGUUCUCAAAAACCAGCGUCAAGUCAGGUGCUCCCAAGCCCGCUCUGAUGCCGUUCACCUCCUCCAACAGGGCCACCAUGACCGAGCUCUUCUUCGGGCGGAGCAUGUGAUCAAGGAGCAGAAUAUGUUAGAUGUGUAUGACAUGAUAGAGGGCUACUGCAACCUUUUGGUUGAAAGAAUUCAUCUGAUUGAACAUGAAAGAGUGUGUCCUGAAGAAUUGAGAGAGGCAACAUCAGGCUUGCUUUAUGCAGCUUCAAGAUGUGGGGAUUUUCCAGAGCUCCAAGAGAUUCGUGGGGUUCUCACAUCUCAUUUCGGCAAGGAAUUCACUGCUCGUGCUAUUGAAUUACGCAACAACUGCGGUGUUAAUCUUACGUUGAUACAAAAGCUAUCAACCAGGCAGCCAACCUUAGAGAGCAGAAUGAAGUUGGUUAAAGAAAUUGCUGCUGAAAAUAGCAUUGCUCUGCAACUUGAGGAACCUAUUUCUUCUCCCACUCAGGAGUUGGAUGUACAAAAGAACCAACGCCAACCACCACCAAACCCAUCUUCUUCGAGUUCAGGUGGAACCGGGUCAGGGGAUAGUUUGCACUUCAUGCCAGAAGAGAUCGAAAACAAUGGUUCGACUAAGGGAAAGAAGAAAUACAGAGAUGUUGCUGAUGCAGCUCAGGCAGCUUUUGAGUCUGCAGCUUAUGCAGCAGCGGCUGCAAGAGCAGCAGUUGAACUUUCAAGAUCGGGACACGAUUCAGAUAAUCAGGAUAGUCCUGUAAGUCGACAAGGAAAGUCAGCUCGCAAAAACAAGUCCAUGAAAAUUGAAUCUGAUUCAGAAGAAGAGAAGACUCCAGUUGAAAAUCAAUCCGCUGAAUUGAGUUCACAGUCUUCUUCGAGUUCAGAGAAGAUAACCCGAGGCAAUCUUUCAGAGAAGGAUGUUGUUUUUGAUGAGGAUGACAAUGAGACAAUAUCUGGAAACAAUAGUAAGGUUCCAUCUAAAUUGCAAAUUCCUUCAAGAUUUCAAGCAGGUCUGGUGGUCGACUCAGCUCAACAGAACUCCAUGGAACAUGAAGCUGAGAGCUCCGAGACUGGGAGUACAAUGCGCUUAAACUUAGAGAGAGGGCCAUUAUCGGUGAGAACUAGACGAGUGCGAGGGUAUUGAGGCUUUUCCUGAUACAGUCUUCAUAUGCAUAUGAAUUUUGCUAGUGUGGUGAUAACAUAAGUAUAUUCCCUUCAUAGUUUUGUUUUGUUUUGUUUUGUUUCUUCUUUUACUUUCACUUAUUGAGCUGUUCGAUGUAUAUUGCCUUUUGAAAGCGUUAUCUUUGUGCUUUGAGCUUUUAUAAUGAAGUUGGAAGUGUUUCAAA